AUGCACCACUUCUUCGGUCCUGUUAUGCGAGUGACAGCAAAGCGCACGUUACCAUGGCGCCCAAGCUCACCUCACGAUGCCAACGAAGGCGUCACCUUGAUGCUACGCUUUGCAUCGGGUGUUGUGGGUACGUUUCUGGUCUGUGAUGCGACGCCGUCACCGCAUAACCUUGAGGAUGACACGGUCGAGAACCCGCUUAUUCCGCAGUCGGUGACUGGCGGUAACUCGGGAUUUUAUCGCAUCUUUGGCUCAGAUGCUUCCCUUAGUGUACCGGACUUGACUCGCUGGAGUUAUGAUGCUGGCCCUGAGAGGAGCUGGAGUUCACCAUUAACUGCUGAGUAG